UAAAAACUUUAUCAUGUUCCAUCUCUUCAAAAAAUUGAUUUAAAUCCGCCCAUCCAGUGUCUCUCUCACUUUUCAUACAUAAUUAAUUCCGAAAUCAGUUUUGUGGUAUUCAUUUUCGUUUUCAGUUUUACGGUUUCGCUUCAUUUGAGUGGCAGUGAGAAUUGCGACAGUGGGAACCAGCCAUGAAUCAAUUUAGCAUAAUUCUGUUAAUUUCAUUCGCAAAUAUUUUUCAAUUCUUCAUUGGUUUCAGCGAAUGUCGCCGCAUGAUAUGGCAACAAAGGACGAACAUUGGUGAUGCAUUAAAUUGGGACGGAGAUGAGCUUCCAUGUUCAACUGACUCAUUACUCUUUCCACAAAAAAGUUAUGACAUCAUUAAGUUGUCUAAUUUCACAAUGAAGGAGUUGAUUCUGCCCAAAAGUGGCGGUUUUGUUUUGGAUUCAAAAAUGUCACUCAAUUUUCGUGAACGGGACACAAAAUGUAAGAAAAAUGAGAUGAGGUCAUUUAAAAGUGUCAUUCAAACGCCAUGGCUGAUGUCCAGUAACUGGCAGACAACACAUGAGAAUGGAAAUGGAAAAGUCAUGACUGCAGCUAUGCCACACGAUGAACGAAUUCCAUGCGACAAUGAUGAAAUCAUUUUUCCCAUCAAUAAUUCAUAUGUCGUUGAUCUCCAAUCAAUUCCAUUAAUGACAUUCAAGAGGAUUGCCAUUGAUGGACGUUUAAUGACAUUAAAUGAAUUUAAAGACUUUCUAUUCACGACAUACGGUCAAUCUUUAUUUAAAAACAUCGACAAUAUACAAUUCAUUGAGAAUGAAGAUUGCAGUUCCAUCAAAUGUCAGCUAUGUCAUCGCAAAGGUGAUUCACUGCGUCAACAGCUUUGUGAGAAUGAAAAGCCAUUCUGUCAACCAAUUCCACAUUGCAGUGAUCCAAUCAAGCCAAUUGGACAUUGUUGUAAUGAAUGUGGUGCACUUUUUCAAAUGAAAUUACCCAACAGUGAAAGGAUAUCGACUGGGAUCAAUAGCUUUAAUCUUGAUGAUGUUAGGGGCGACAUAUACAGAGCUAUCAAUUCAGCACUAUCAACAGGUAUUGUUGAUGAGAACAAGAUCGCUUAUCAUAUCAGUGUCACAACGGAAGAGAAUCAACUGUAUUUACAGCUGGGCAAGAUCAGAAAAAAAGGGAAUAAAUAUUCAAAUUCAGAUUUCUCUGCUUUUAAUAACUUAAUUGAUAUGAUUCCUUCACUACAUGAUAGCUAAUAAUAGUAAGUUUCUUUUUAACAUUCAUUUUUCAAAAUGGCGACUUAUUAAGAUAGUUUAAUUAACAAAUUAAUAUUUGAAAUCGAUUUUUCUUUGAAAAGAAAGCAAGAUAAAUGUUUGGAAGCUUGACAAAAGUUGUAGAGCUUGCUUGUUUCUAUCAUAUGAUCAAAAUAGAUUUUAUUAAAAACGAGUUAUUUUAGUUAAAUUAACUGAAAACCAAAUUGAAUGUAAAAUGUAUUUUUAAAUCAAAACUAUUAACCUUAAUCGGUCAAGAACAAUUACUUGAUAUCUAAAGAGUCUUUUACUAUUUAAUUUACAUUCGAAAAAGGCUUAAAAGUAAGUUAAAUUAACUAUAAAAACAAUGAAAUUUAAGUUGAGCAACAAAUUUUGCUCUUAUUUGCUCACAAAUUUAUAAUUUUAAAAACCGUUACAAAAUUUUUGGUCAAAUUUUUUACUAUAAUUUAAUUUUCUCUGCUUGUCUUGAACAAAAAGUAAUAUUUUUAUUGCAAUAUGAUAAACAUUGUUGAAUUCUUUAGUUUGAAAUGAAAAAAUCAGUAGACGAAUAACACAGCAAUGACUUAUGACUAGUUUUGUAAAACUCAUCAUAACUUGGUUAAUUAUAGUAGAAUUGAAAAUUUUCUCUCACAAACUUAAAGAAAAUUACAUAUGUAACCUUUUUUGUGAAGAAAGCUAGUUCCUAAACUAUUUCCUUCAUAUCAAAAUUUCAGCUUCAACAUUUUAAAGCUGAAUUAAGCUAACUUACAAAUCCGCCAUUUUGUAUAUUUUAGACAAAACUUUUAAUGAUCUGAUUACUUAAUUAUCUGGUGAAAAAAUCGUUAUGAUUAAUGAAGUAUUCGCAGAGAUAUUACAUUUGCAACAUGGUGUAAAAUCGAAUUUCCUCAAAAUUGUUCGUGACGCUUAGCACUUUAAAUUAAUUUUUAAUUAUAAUACAAUGUCUAAGAGAUACUUGUUAUACACCAAAAUAUAGGUCUUGGCAAGGACUUUAAGAAAAACACAAGUCUUAAAUACAUAUUUCGCAUUAUUGAUUCAAAAAUUAUAAAUUAUUGUUAAGCGUCACGAACAAUUCAUUUUUGAUCUUGCCCAGCUCAUUAUAGUCGAUCGAUAUGAAUAUGAUGAACACAGCACACGAUUAAUGAAACAUUUGAGGAAAGUUUUGCUUGAUAAGAGGUAUAAGGGUGAGUAUAGAAUUGAUGUGGAUUUUAUAGUUUGCAGGUUGGUUACUGAAAUGUGGGACUGUGUCCAGGACAUGUGAUAAGAUACCAAAUUGGAUGUAAAUCAGAACUAGCAGAAGUAUUGAAAAGAAACUUCAAUUAAUUCUCAGUUUUACAGCCUUAAAUGAAGACACAGUGACAGUCCACAUUCCAUUCCAUAACUUACACAAGCCAGGACAACAGCAAAUACUUAACGCAUUCCAUCUCCAAUUUUUACAGACCAAUCAAAAUUUUAUUUCAUCUCUGGCUUGCCAUUUACGCCCAACGAGAGUGGUCACAUUCUAUCAUUCAUAUUUGGGACAUUUUUCCUUGUGACUUUGUUUAUGACACUGAUUUAUAUCGUCUAUUAUGAUGACAGACACAUUCCACGCUUGAUGGCAAUGAUAAGAAAUCGUCGCUUAAUGCUUCAUUCUGAUGUAAUUUUUGCCCGCUUUGAUAACACAUCACACGCGAACGAGAUGAUGGCCUCGGCAAUGUCAAAUCAUGACGAUGAUGACGAUGCUCAUGGAAGUAUGGAAGUAGAUUUACAUUUUGGUACGGAUCAAAGUAUCGAAAAUGUCAAUCAAGCCUUCAAUAAUCCCAUGUUUGAUGCUACUUCCAAUAUUCGUGAUAAAUCAAGAGACGAAAGUAUCUGAAAGGAUGUUGAUGAUGGCAGUGGAGAUGGAAAUUACGGCAGAAGUGGUGUUAGAGAAGCAAAAGUUUAAGAGCAACAAAUGACCGAGAAGCACAUGCUUUCAUAAGUUUGCAAUCCCAAGCAACACAAUCGUUGACCUAAAUUCUUACAAAAUUUAAACAAAUUCUUAUUUAUAUCCCAUAAAAUGUGCUCUACAUUACACACAUUAAGUAAACGAUAAUUAAGUUACCUUACAACACCUCACCCCAAUUAAAUCCCCCUCAUCUCAUUAAAUCCAUACCCGUCGUAAUCCCCAUGAGCCGUUCUGUCUCAGACAUAAAAUUUCCUUCGUGUAAAAUCACCUUGCCAAUCGCCUGAUUAAAUUUUCAUAUAAUAUAAUCAUCAAAGUAAUGAGAAAAUGUUCAUUAUGCAAAAUCAUGUCAGUAGUUAAUUAAUGAAUG